CGCAGUUACAAAACCGAUCCCGACUCCCCCGCGACCCCACUGCCGAGGGGGACAGGGCACAGAGAGGAGCUGGCGGGACGAGAGCGGGGACCUCCUGGCGACCAGGGGACUUUCUUCUUCAUGCUACUGUCCUGGGAGGAUCCUCUUCAGGACAUGGAUCCGAAGGGAGCAUGAGAUGCCAAGACAGCGGCACUGAUCCACCCAAGCCCAGCUGGAAGGACAACCCUUGCCUUCUGCUCCACCAAAGCUAACACCGGGGACCACGUCCCACUGCCUGCCCAGCGUGCAUCCAUGGAGGUGAACCACCAGUCCCCAACUCCCACGUCACCCACGCCGACCACCGAUGGUGACAACUCCUGCAGGAUGGAGGUCACUGACAUGGCCAUAGACGGUCUCACGCUGCUCAUCUGCCUCUGCGGGCUGGUGGGGAACGGGGUGGUCCUCUGGCUCCUCGGUUUCCGCAUCCGCAGGAACCCCAUCACUGUCUACAUCCUCAACCUGGCCGUCGCCGACUUCACCUUCCUCCUCUUCAUGGUCAUCUCGUCCCUCCUCUACCUGAUAGACAAUGCCUCUUGCUCCACUGUUGGGGUCCUGAAGUACACGAGGUGGCUUUUCCUGCUCUCACUGUUCUCCUACAACAUGGGCCUGUACCUCUUGACGGCCAUCAGCAUCGAGAGGUGUGUGUCCAUCCUCUGCUCCAGCAUCCACCGCCCCCAGCACUUGUCGGUGGUGGUGUGUGCCCUGCUCUGGGCCCUCUCCAUCGCUGUCCUUGCUGCCGUCACUUCUCUGUGCCUGUUGUACGACCACGAGCGCUGCCGCAUGGCUCUCAUCUCCAUGUACGUCCUCAACUUCCUCAUUUUUGCCCCAUCCAUGGUCAUUUCCAGCACAAUCCUCAUCAUUAAGGUCCAGUGCAGCUCCCAGCAGCGCCAACCCAAGAGGCUCUACAUCGUUAUCUUCCUCACCGUCCUCUUCUUCCUCCUCUUCGCCCUUCCCCUCAGCAUCUGGAAUUUUCUGCAGCAGUUCAGCUACACCUCCGUGCCCUCCCAGGUGGUUUUCCUGCUCGCCUGCAUCAACAGCAGCAUCAACCCCUUCAUCUACUUCUUGGUGGGGAGCUGCUGGAGGCACUGCUCCUUGGUGUCCCUCCAGGUCGCCUUCCGGAGGGUCUUUGAGGAGCUGGAAGACAACACUGCGUGCAGCCAGGAUACUACUAUGGACACGCUGACCCCAGCCUGUUGAAGACUUCCCACCGCUCUGCUUAACGCCCCCGGGACAGUGGCGGAGAGUUUCCUGGAGUAACCAAAUUAAUGUCUGCAGCAUUUCCCUCAAUGGCCCCCUCGGCCCCCAGUAGAAGAGGAGAGCGGGGGCAUCACCAAGGUCGAUGCAGGGAAGGAUGCGGCUUUCCUGCUCCCCACCAGCCCACCCCAGGUGCGAGGGCUCUAUUCCCCCAAGGAGAACGUGCCCCAGGGGACCGUGUUCCCCAAAAUCCCCUGCUUUUCGGGAUGGGCGUUGCCUUUGGGAAACUCUGACUCAGGUAUGGAGUGGGGACAAAACCCAUCCGGUGUCCUGAGCCCCUCUCCCCAUCCCGUGUGGCAGCCUGCGCCGCCUCUCCGAGCUCUGCUCCCCUCCCGUCUCCAGCCAUGCUUGCCGGGGGGGGGACACACACGACCCCUGCCCCUCUGCUGAGACCCCGCCACCGUCCCCAGUUCCUGUGUCUCACCGCUGCCCGGCAUCAAUAAACAGCAUCGAGCACCCUGGGCUGCCUUCGGUCCCU